UACGAUUGGUUGCUAUGGGAAACCACCCCAGGUUUCCUCUCACACAGGCGGAUGAAUGUGACCACUAGUUUUCUAGCUCCUCUGCUACACAGACCCUCCAGGAGGCGGCAGGUCUAUUUGUAGCGCACACAGAGGCUGUCAGGGGUCCGGGCCUCCGAGGACAGGUGGCGCUGCGCUCAGUGUGGGGCUGUCAGGCUCCGGAGCCAUUUUCCUGGCUGCAGCAGUCCCGGCCUCGUCCCCCUCCCCGGCUCUGUGGAUGUGUGUGUGUCAGGCUCCUCCCAUCACUCCGACUGCGGCCUCCUGGACCUCUCUUGGCUGAGGCCUGCCCGAUACCCCGGCCCCGCAGCGCCUGUAUUGUUUCCGUGUGUGGAGGCCCUACACCGCCGCCUCACCCGGCUCUUUCCCGCUCCCUCGCCCUAGCGCUUGUCAUGGACUAAGGCGGAAGAUGGCGGGCGGCGGAGAAAGCCGGUUUCUGCAAGCUUUGGAUAGAGCACAAUCCAAGAAAGAUGCAGGUUUUACAAAUAACUGGAGUUUUGAAAACCUGGAAGAAAGUGAAGGUGAUGUUGAAAAAGAUGAAGUUAACUUGCUCAACAUAGAAGAGAGUGAUGGGGUCAACUCAAAAGCUACUGAAAGAAAGUCCAUUCAACUACAGCCUAGGACUCUUCAAAGUCCAGGGGAUUCAUUUAAAACCUAUGAGAGACGAGGCAAAGCACUUUACUUAAGACCUAGUAAAGGCAACGCAACUGGGCUGAACAUGUUAGGAGCAAGCAACAAACUGGGAGAGAAUGCUCAGAACAUUGCACUCCCACCAGGAACUAUGGUGCAGGGAAGAAUUUUUCAGCACACAAAUAUCACUCGGUCAGUCAUGAAAACAGCUGCACAGAGCAGUCUGGAAAGACGGGAGAGGAAAGAAUACCCACCACAUGUUCCAAAGGUAGACGAUUCAGUUAGGUUGACACAAAGAUUAGAAGACAUGCAGGACACAAGGGACGAUUCCGAGUCAGAGUCUGAGCCUUCGAUAAGGAGAAAGAGCACAGAGCAGAGUGAUUCUUUUCAACACUGCACAACUUGUGUAAAAGAAAAUAAAAAGACGAGAUGCCAAAGUUGUGGAGAUGCACAGAGACUUUGCCGACAAAGCACUUCAUCUUCAGAGUCACCUGCUUCCCUAGCCAGGCCGUCAAUACAUCAGAUUGUAUCAGCAGACAAAGCAUUAAAUGCUAAGACUUUCUAUGGCUCUUCCAGAAUUACAAUGGACUCCAUGUUAAAAAAUGACUCUCCACGAUGGAAGCAAUAUCCAGCAAAUGGGAAAAUUGGACUUUCUACAGAAUCUAGUUUAUCCAAGAUUACUAAAAAUGCAAGACUUAAGAGUAGUAGAUUGUCGGAAACAAAUGACCCAAUUAUUUUGUCUAGUGACGAUGAAGACAAUGUUAGCACCGGAAGCACAAGCAGGAUAGAGAGCAUCUCUCCUCGGCCUGCAGAUUCCGCUUGUUCCUCUCCUGUUCCAUCAUCUGGGAAAGUAGAAGCAGCUCUGAGAGAAAAUAAUUUAGUUGAUAAAAAAUAUAGUAGCCCACCUGAGCCUGACCUGCAUGUCACCAUCCCGAGAAAAGCAAGAAUGAAGGAUCAGUUUGGCAAUUCCGUAACUACAACUCCUGUAAAGCGUCGUAAAGUUGCCCAGAUAGAGUUGCCUAGUGAACCAACCAGUAUGUUACCCUGUCCUGCAAAACCUUGUGAAAGCAUGAUCCUUGUUUGUAGGAAUGUGCGUAUAGGGACCUUUUACCGACAGAUAGUAGAGCCUGUUGUGUUUUGUGUAGACUUCAUAAAGAUAGUACUCGAAGCACCUGAUGCUGAAGGUCUUCCUGAAGAAUUAUUCCUGAAAACGUCUGAACUUACAAAGUGUGAGUGGUGCUGUGCGAGAAAACUUUCGCUAGUCUUUUAUCAAAGUACUCCGUUUCUCUGUAACAAGCUGCGUUUACAGUUUAAGAUGAGCAAACAAAAUGGACUUGGAUGGUAUGACUGCAAGGCUGCAAAUAUAGAAGAACAGUACAUUGUGCUCAUCUUUGAAAAGCCUCUGAAUGGACAUGAGAUUCUUUGUUUCGAAAAGAUACAUACUGACGUUGAAAAAAAGAACUUAAUUCCACAAUUUUUAUCAAAACUUGUCUUUGAAGAAGCUAAUCGACGACUUGUUGCCUUUACCAAUAAUGUUCAAGAAACACCUUCACUCGCUUCAACUCAAAAGGACCACAUAACUAGAAGUGUUAUAUCUGAAACUCGAAUGAAGUUGAGGAAUACCACAACCCAGUUGCAGUACUUUGAUGAUAGCGAAGGAGACAAUCACAGUGUCUUUAUCGGCCCUAUUGAAAAGUUGAUUGUUUAUCCUCCACCUCCUGCAAAAGGUGGGAUCUCCGUCACUAAUGAAGAUCUCCAUUGCCUAAAUGAGGGAGAGUUUUUAAAUGAUGUUAUUAUUGAUUUUUAUUUAAAAUAUUUAGUCCUUGAGAAACUUCGAGACAAAGCAGAAAAAAUCCAUAUUUUUAGUUCUUUUUUCUAUAAGCGUCUUAAUCAAAGAGAGAGAAGGAAUCUUCAAGAUACUGCAAACCUAACAUUACAACAAAGAAGGCAUGGAAGAGUAAAAACAUGGACCAGACAUGUGGAUAUAUUUCAGAAAGACUUUAUAUUUGUUCCACUUAAUGAAGCUGCUCAUUGGUUUUUAGCUGUCAUUUGUUUUCCUGGCCUAGAAAAGCCUGAGUAUUAUCCUAACCGAUGCUACCAAGAGACUAACAAUCCAUCUGCAGCAAUGACACAGACAGAUGAUAAUCAGACCUCUGUUUCUUCUGGUGAAUCACAAUCCUGUUUGCAGAGUGGUUCUUCUAAGUCACCCCUUAAGAAAUUGCCCAGUAAAAAACAAACUGUUGCUUCAAGUGAUGCAAGCUCUGGAACUGAAGAUGGUGACACCCCAGUGAAUAGAAGAAGCCAUUGUGUAGGAAGGCACAGCCUCAGAAAAAAUGAUCAAGGACUUCAGGAGUCUGAUGCCUCUCUAAAAUCUCCAUUUUCACAAACAGACUCUAGUAAAAAUGUUAAUGGAAUAGCAAAUGAAUGUAAAACUCCAAUAAAGCAUGCUGAUGGUUUGCACAGAAUACAGAUAAGCUAUAGUGACUCUCCAGAUGACCAGAAGAAAGGUGACGAGGAACUCAUAGAUUUUUCUGAUGAUCAGGAUAACCUGGAUGAAAGCAGCGAUGAUGGUGGCCUUGCUGAUGACAAUUUCACUUCAGAAGCUGGAAAAUGGCAUCUCAAACCCUUAUUCUGCAAACAACCGUGCAUACUGCUAAUGGAUUCUCUGAGAGGUCCUUCUCGUUCCACUGUGGUGAAAACAUUACGAGAAUACCUAGAGGUAGAAUGGGAAGUUAAGAAAGGAAGCAAGAGAAGCUUUUCCAAAGAGUUCAUGAAAGGUUCCAACCCUAGAGUGCCUCAGCAGAACAACUUCAGUGACUGCGGAGUGUUUGUACUGCAGUAUGUGGAGAGCUUUUUUGAGAAUCCCAUUCAAAGUUUUGAUCUGCCUAUGAACUUGACGGAUUGGUUUCCUCAACAAAGAAUGAAGACAAAGCGGGAAGAAAUCCGGAAUCUUAUCCUUGGCUUGCAGGAACUUCAAAGCAAAGACAAGAAGGGACAGAGGGACCUUGGCAUAACACAGCCCACUCCACAGGAGGGAACAGAGCAGUUUAUCAGAGAUUUUGAAAGCGUAUGAAUAUUUCAUGUGUGGCACGCUACUGCCAUCACAAAGCAAAGCUGACUUGUUUUCAAAUUUGCCGUACUUAGAUGUUUGAGCAGCUGAGGCACUUGAUGCUCAGUCUGUUUGUGACUGAAUGCGAGCUUGUGUAAACAUCACCGGAAUGACUGGUUGCCAGCCACAUUAACUAUAUGGAAAACUUACAGGACUGUACAUAUGGUAAUAAGGUCAUUUUUUCAGUAUUUAUGAUUUAUUUUUAUUUUUUUGUCUCAUUCUUAAGAAGUUUGUGUCAUUCUCUUAACAGUAACUACAAACAAAUUACACUUCAAAUAAAAAGAAAAUAUUUAUAGGCUCACAUUUUUAUGUGUAUUGUUAUUUAGUAUGGGGUUCCCUUGCAAUGUUAAACAGAUGUAAGUUUUUACCUGCAUUCACAUGUAAAUUAUCUAUCUAAUAUUUGGUAGCCUGCCCUUUUACUGGUAGCUAUUCUGCCUACCUACAAGAUAGUGUCUGAUCAGUGGAGGGUCCCACCACUGGGAUACUCAUUCAUCACUACAACAGGGGUCCUGUGUCUACUCCUUUGGCUAUAGCAGCAGUGAUUAGAUGCUUGACCACUGCUCCAAAGUCUGUGGGACUCCCAGAGAUUGCAGAGUGCUUUGCUGAGAUGUCUUUGGCAGUGCCAUAGAAUAUAAAUUGAGCAGUUUUGUACAUAUGUGAUCCAGGAUGUACAACUCACGUUGUCAAGGAUUAAUGGGCAUCGCAAAAGUUUGACCCCACCGAUUAGACACUGGACAGGUGUUACGUUUUGAAUAUGAGAAAACCCCUUUAAGAUUUUUUGUUUCUCCGUAGCAACACGCUAUAAACUGACUGCAGGGAAACUGUAAAAAUGGUGCUAAACUCUAAAAGGGGUUUACAGUAAAGAAGGGGUCACGCUUGUCCUUGAGCUGCAUUGAGUAAUGCGGCAGAAUUGGACUGCGCUGCAGUUGGCGAUACUUGCAGUGGACAAGCAUGGCUUUCUAGUUCUGGACAAUCCCCUUUUUAAAAUGUUUUAUUUUCAGUGUAGGUAUUUUAUUUUUUUAAAUCUUACAUUUUCAGUUAUUCACCUGUAAAACAUUUUUUACCUGGGCUUUCUCUUAAAACUAAAAGCAUUUAUUCUUUAGCUAUAAGUGGUGAUGGAAUUAUAUAGCAGUUGUUUCUCCUGUCAUUCAUACACUAAAUCAUGCAAUAAGUGCUCGGUUUUAAACAUUAGUCUUAUGAUAUUUUGUCUCCCUUUUUUAAUUUAUAUGUGCGUAGUUCUUAAUUCUUAUGCCUUAUGUCACACUAAGGCCCCAUCCGCAUUGCUAAGAUUCAACCAGCAGGAUUCAGUUUUCAGCAGAGUCCCAUUGUUUUCAAUGGAUUCUUCUGCUCUGUGCACACUGCAGAAUUUCAACAAUGGAGUUCCACUGGCAGAACAGAUGUCUGCCCAAAGAAUUAACAUGUUCAUUCUUUGGGCACAAUUUCACCAGUCUACAUUGCUAUCUGUGGAGACUCCACACAUCCGCGUGUUAACUUCAUUGAGAUUUCAGCAGCACCUGUUCCAGACAGUAUUAGCAGUGUGCACAAGUGCAUUGCUUACACACAAAGGCAGCCAUUUUGUAGGGUGAAUUUUAGUCGGUUUUUACUUGGGUACCAAAACUAUUUCUAUGCCUAGCAACUGCCAUUAAAAUCAGGUCACAAAAUGACAGGCUAGUCCUUAUCUGGCUACCAUUGUUGCUGCACAAGAGUAAGAUUAUUCUGGUCAGCAGACUUUGAAAAAGCAGUCUGGUAUAGUGGUGAAUGUGUUUAGCAAGAAUUUGGUCCGAAAAGUUGAAUGAAAUGACAACUUGCGAAUUCCUGAGCUAUAUUAACCCCUCUGCAGUCCAAAACAUUGUCUCCGUGUGUUAACUUCAUAGGGUACUAGUGCUAAAAGGCAUUGGUACCACCUAUGUGCCAUGUUUUACUGUGUUACUGUUUUUGUAUUGAUUUUCUUAAUUUUGAUACAUUGCUGUAGUUAAAAUCCACCUUGCCCCUUUCUUCCCUAAAAUUGUCUAAUGUUGGACAGUCAGAAGGCCACCAUUCCCAUCUGGACCUUUUAUAGCAUAUCCUGAAUUAGAAAGAAAAAAAAAAAAAAACUGGUUUAUUUCAGAAACAACACCAUAGCUGUCCUUUAGGUUAUGUGUGGUACAACAACUUUGCUUUACUCACUUCAAUGGAACUGAGCCUCAAUACCAAAAACAACCAGGACAUAACAUAACUUUGUUAGAAAAACAUAACUUAUUAUUAAUAUCCACAAAAAUAGAAAAAAAAUGUUUAAAAAUGCAUGCAUUUGCAUGGGGUGCAUAAUUUACUAGGGUGUUAUCCCUAAGCAAAAUACAUGUGGUCAGAAGACCCUUCAAUGUAGAAAAAUGGACGUCUUUCCUGGUUUUCCAGGUACAUUCCUCAGGGAAAUCCUAUGGAUAACAGAGAAGGAGAUAAAGUCAACACUGUAGAGCAGAAAGCAUUAGCUUACCUUGUGUAUGCCCUAAGUGAGGCGCUAACCUGCUCACUCAAAGCAUAGAUAGUCCCUUCCAACAUGGGAAGCGGGUUGUCUUGUGGUGCCCAUAUAUUUUCAAGAAGUGUCGACUGAACUGACCACCUUAAACAAAUGAGAAGUCAAAAGUUCAUGUGUUAUCUAUGGGGAGAGGAUGGUUAAACAGCAGCCAGACUGAUCAGGUGCCGCUUAUCCCUCCCAGAACAAAAGGUUCUGGUAUCCAAAAUCCAACACUCUCGACCUUAGUUGGCUGAACUGGGUGGUAGUGGGUUUUGCAGUCUUUGGUUUAAGGUGUAUUGGCAUCUUUAGGGCAUAACAGGGCAACAUACAGUGGUAGUUUGGGCUGGGUGGUAGUUUAGGUUGGGUGCUAGAGUAGUUACCUUUAAUAAGAUAAGCCGAUGCUCUCUUCCCUACAGUGUGGAUAUUAUCUCCUACUCCCUUGGGAGGUUUUCACUACCUAUAGGAUCUCUUACCUCUAGGGUCCUCUGGAGGCGUAUUUCUAUAAUAAUGGGACCUGUCCACUUUUCUCCUUCUUGAGGGUCCUCUGGCAAAGUGCCCAUGAUUAAAGGAUAACAUCCUAGUAAUUUAUGCACCAUUUUGUUUUGGUUAUGGUAACUAAUGGUGUCCUCUGGGUUUGUGUUUUUGCUAUUUUAGUGGAUAUUAAUAAAGGUUACUUUUUAACAUUGGUGACACCAAUAUAGUAAUAGCCCAGGUGUGUGUGGCUGAUCAUUCUACUGUACUCCGUGGAAUAUCUCCGGUUAUAUCCUGUGGAUAUGCCAUCAAUUUCUACAUAGGAUUACCCCUCUAAGUGUGUAACUCUUAACUGGGCUCCCACAAUGCACUGCUCGAUGAUAACAGGGAUCUAACAGGAUUUACCCUACUGUCUGAGCAAUCAAAAACUAUUACAGAUAAACAAACAAAGUAAUAGUUUUUAUUUUUUUUUAAUACAUUUUACAGAUGAAAUAUUAGGGCACUUGAGAUUGGAAUUUUGAGAGCAAAGACCCUACAGUCUGACAGCAUUGACUGGAAAGGACCAAAGUGGGUUAAUAAAAAUGCUAAGUAUUUCAUAGUAAUUUAUAAUAUAUCACAAAUAUUUCCAUAUGCUUUUCUUUACCUAUUCCCAGUAUGUGGUAUGAUAAAUUAAAAACAAAAAUGAAUACUCCAGUGGGAAUUAUUUUUAGUUUUAUACUUGAGCACCUCCUUAAGCCAAGGUUUAUAUAGGCUAAAGCGGGGGAGGUGUGCAGAAGAAAACUACUGGUUUCCAAAUCUUAUGUUCAUAGCUGAUGCCAUGUGUGCUUGUAUCUGUUUUGUAUGCUUUUGUAGAAUGUUUUUCAGUGCCUUGUAUCUGCUGGGUCAUCUUACAGAUCCUAGGCCUCACCCAUCUUCACUAUUCUUGAGUAACAAAGAGAUGCCAUUAAUGCUGGAAAUUAAGCAGUUUUGUCUUGUUUGUAAACCUUUGUACUGUACACGUUGAGCUGGUAAUACCUGAAGUACUGUAGUUUGAUAUGUAUGUUGCAAGCAGUUUUUCAUUAGAAUGCUCAGAAUUGGUUAGCAACCAAAACUCUGUAAAAUCCUUAUUGAUUUAAUUGAUUUGUGCUGAAGGGAUGAGCCUUUAUAAGGUUUAGCGUUUUCUUACCAGUAUAAGAUGUUUUGAACAGCCGCCCCGUCAUCAGGAUGAGUUGGUUUUUAGCAUCUGAACUCCCUGCAUAUGAGAGUACUCUUUAUUAAAUUUCUCGUAAAUCAAUUCACUUUUAAACUUGUUAUAUAAAUGUAUACAGUGCUUAGUGUUUCACACUGCAUAGUUUCAAAUAGUGUUUUGUUGUUUUUUUGAGCCUACUUUGUUGUUAGUUCUGUAAUAGGUUAAUCCUAUAAAUAACAUAUUUAUUAUUUUUGAAAUAAAAAUACUUCCAAAGUAUUAAUGUAAAUUCAUUGUACUCUAUAUUUCAGGGUUUUUAUUUUUGUUACUCUAUAUUUGUGUAUUAUAAGAUAGCAAUAUGUGCAGCAUUAAAC